UUUUUGUUUAAUUGGUUUUUAAUCGUCAUUAUUUACUUCAAGUUACAGUAUGUCUCUAUAUACAUAUUUAUUUUAUUUUUUUAAUACAUUUUGGCCAAAGGGGGCACAUUUCAAUUUCUUACACACACUUGUUAUUUCAUAUGUUGACCAGAGGGGGAGCACUUUUAAAAGCGACACUCACAGUCAAUUUGAAGAAUCCCUCCUUUUUGGGACCACCCUCAUUUUGAUAGACUUCACCACCAGGGGUGCAAAUGAGAUCUCUAUUUUUUUUGUUUUUUGUAAUGUGCUUAAGGCCAAUGACAAAGGAGUCAGGGACCACAGAUGGCCCCUGUGCCGCACUUUGGGCGACCCAGAUGUAGAAGCUAACUGUUAAUGGCCACUAUAGUCUUAGUAGCGUAGUGUAUUUGUUCAUCCUAUGGUCACAUAUGGGACGCGGGUUGUCUUACGUUAGUAAAAUCAGCUGUUCACCUGGCGGGUUUUUUCGGGGAAGUCCUUUAGCUGCCGUCUUCUUUUAUCAUAUACUGCUGCCUUUGCACCUGUCAAUGUUUACUUUUGUAUGUACAUUAAAUCAACAAAAAAAUCCUGACUUUGGAGCAAUGUUCACACACUCUAGUAUUUGUCUCUCUAUUAGAUGCAAUGGUUUUCUGUAUUGGGACCAUGAUUCAUGUCAUCACUUGUUCACACCUCCUCAUAUGGAAGCUACUUUUCCUUCCUCAUGUCUCAAGAAGGGUAGCAAUACAAGAACACACACACACACACACACACACAUGACAUCAUUUGUUAGUCUUUUAAAAGCAUUUCCUGUCCUCCUGAGACUGACUUGUGUCCAUGAAGGGACUGCACCCAGGACUAAACAGCAGAGAGCGCUUGUCCGACAUGUCUCAACUUGCAAAGGAAGGAGAAGAAAUGCAGCGUCCCGCAGGGAGAGAGGACCGCCUGACUGACGACCAGAAGAAAGUGGCGAGCAGCGGACCAAAGAAGAGCAAGACGCUGCAAGUCAUGGAGGAGUGUGAGAAAAGGGGUGAAGUCGCUCCAUCGGUGUUUGGCGGCGUGAAGUCAGGAGGAAACACCAGGAAGUAGAUGUGCCACUUCUCUUCCCCUCCCCAAGACAAGGCACUUUUUCACUCUGUUUCAUAAAUAACAUCUGAGCUGGACAACACACAUGUGCUAUUAGGAACAAUAAUACAAUGUCUCCCAUGACAAUGUCACAAGUAGAGAUGUCCGAUAAUGGCUUUUUUUGCCGAUAUUCCGAUAUUGUCCAACUCUUAAUUACCAAUUCCGUAAUCAACCGAUAACAACACAUUAUUAUGCCUAAUUUUGUUGUGAUGCCCCGCUGGAUGCAUUCAACAAUGUAACAAGGUUUUCCAAAAUAAAUCAACUCAAGUUAUGGAAACAAAAUGCCAACAUGGCACUGCCAUAUUUAUUAUUGAAGUCACAAAGUGCAUUAUGUUUUUUAACAUGCCUCAAAACAGCAGCUUGGAAUUUGGGACAUGCUCUCCCUAAGAGAGCAUGAGGAGGUUGAGGUGGGCGGGGUUGAGUUGGGGGGGUAGGGGUGUGUUGCGUUUGACUAAGGGAGAUGACGGCAACAGACACCAGGGGGCGGUAAUGUUCAAUGAUUUAAUGUAUACAUACUUAAAAUAUAUAUAUAUAAUAAUAAUACUAAUAAACUAUAGAAUGGUGUGUGUGACUAUGUGUGUAGAUUAGCUGUUGAGUGUUACCGUAAAUGUUGAAUGAGGAAGCAGACAAAACCAAAGAGGGCAACGUAGAAGGGACCCGAGAUUCGCGCGAGGUCCGUGGGGCAGAGAGAGUAGUCGAGGAACGAGGGAGGCAGUCAGAGUCCAGAGGGAGAUCAAGGGAGAAGUGAGACACACAGCUCACUUUCUGGGUCACGGAGGGUAGGUACACCAUUGAGAAAGUUCCUGCAAGGAUCCUUGAGGAGGUUUAGGUGGGCGGGGUGUAGCGGGGGGUGUAUAUUGUAGCGUCCCGGAAGAGUUAGUGCUGCAAGAGAUUCUGGGUAUUUGUUCUGUUGUGUUUAUGUUGUGUGACGGUGCGGAUGUUCUCCCGAAAUGUGUUUGUCAUUCCUGUUUGGUGUGGGUUCACAGUGUGGCGCAUAUUUGUAACAGUGUUAAACUUGUUUAUACGGCCACCCUCAGUGUGACCUGUAUGGCUGUUGACCAAGUAUGCGUUGCAUUCGCUUGUGUGUGUGAAAAGCCGUAGAUAUUAUGUGCCUUUAAGGUUUAUUGGCGCUCCGUACUUCUCCCUACGUCCGUGUACACAGCGGCCUUUUAAAAAGUCAUACAUUUUACUUUUUGAAACCGAUAAUUUCCGAUAUUACAUUUUAAAGCAUUUAUCGGCCGAUAAUAUCUGACUACCGAUAUUAUCGGACAUCUCUAAUGUCAAUAACAAGUCAGCAUUGUUAUCUUACAUCUCUCAUACGUUGUGCAGGUGUACCUAAUUACAUAAUAUACGGUGACACUCUAGUCAAUAAACUAAUAUUUGACAUGG